UGACCGCCGCCAUCUUCCUCGGGAAAGAGAAAGCUCGGUGUUUUUGUGUCGUCAGGCUGGUCACAAAAUUUCCCAGCACACGGUUUUCUACAGACUCUGCACCAUGUUUGGCGGGCGGAAGACAACCCCUACCUUCUCUAGACACCAGAGAAGGCGCCGUGCAGGGACUCUAGGCUUCCCCGAGGGGGCCUGUGCCCGACUAAAGUACCUUCCAGAGGGACAUCAAAAUGUCGUGCGGCAAGUCGAACUGGCGAAGUGCACCGGGCGGGGGUUGACUAGGGCCAUACAGCUGUCGGCCGCCUUUGUUGAGGCCGUCAACACCCAGCAGAAGUUGAAGGACCUUCCCCAGAUAGUUCGGAAGCUUUCCCAGUUCACCAUCGGUCCAUGGAUGGACUACCACACCAUAUGUAGACUUCUCAAGGAGCUCCGUGAGCUGCUGACAGCGCAUGGUUUUGAGGACAACCCUGGAGUGCGGUGGAGUAACACCACACGUGCCUUCAACACAGAGGUCUUCGACGUGUUUGACGGGAGUCAGGUGGUGAUAGAACUUCUGAUGAAACCCAUGUUGUAUCCAUCUGAAGACAAGUCAGCAAGAGAGCAGGAAAAAGUCCAGCGAAUGCAAAACCUGUGUCUGGAGAUCUUACACCAUGUUUUUGCCAAUGUGGGUAUAAUAGCCCAGGAGCGGGGAGAGCCCCUGGACCUGGUGCAUUAUUUAUUCAGCCUGAUGGCCCAGCAGAGAACCUUCCUAAACGCUGCCACGGUGCUGGAGGACAUGCUGCAAGUCAAGAAGGACAUGAUCAGGCUGGAAAAUAUACCCAACUUUCCUGAGCUUGUAAACAAGUUCAACCAACAGCAGCUUGCAAACUUCUGCCGUGUUGUGUCCGUGGCCAUGUCGGAACUGAGCGAAAGCGAAGAUCAGCUGACGUUACUGUAUCAAGACGAAGCAGCGAAGAGACUAUCGACUGUCCCCAUACCUGACUGUAACCAAGAAAUUCUAGUGGCGUUACCAGACUUCAUCCAAAGACUGGUGGACCUAGCUUGUAGGAAGCUUGAUGAGGAACAGGUGUCUCUACCCUCCAUGAUGAAUGAGCUGGAGAGCUGGAUGACAUGGAUGGACAGUUCACUGGCCUUCGACGCUCUGUUUGAGAUACUGGAGAACCAAGACUUGGCAUACGAGUUUUUGGACGAUCCCUUCGGUCCCAUCCAAGUGCCCAUGGCCAUGAAGGCCAUGCGUGAGAUCAUGUACAAGGUGGAGGUUCUCUACGUGCUGUGUAUCCUCAUCACUGGCAAGCAGAGGAACAAGGUGCAAGAACUGAUGGCAAAGUACAAGUUGAUACCCAGGCUGAAUGAGCUGUAUGAAGACCUCAUAUGGAAGUGCAACAUAAGAAGACGUGUACAUGGAGAGGCCUGUGAAUGCAGUCCUGAGAUAGCUUUGAAGAUUCAGUUCCUGAGAUUGUCACACAGUUUUUGUGAUCACCACGGAAACAAGUAUCUAAUGAUGUCUGAAUCAGAACUCAAUGAACUGGGAAGAAUAAGAGCUCAAGCAGAGUUGCCUGCAGUACCAGAAGUCAGUGAUAUUGACAGAGAGUUGGUGUGUAAAGGUGAGAAGGGACUCUUGUCCAAGAUCAUCCAAACUAUGAAGACUGAGAAACCAACAUCACCAUUCAGGUUCUGGCUGUGUCGGGCUGUGGAGAGUUUCCUCCGAGGUGUGACGUGUUUCGUGGACCAGAUCUGGCUGCUGAGGAGGGGACUGCUCGAGCAUGUCCUGUCUGUGAUCAUCGACCCAGACUGUGACAACAAGGAGAUCCUGCAGAGCAGCUUUGACCUGCUGGGGGAGCUCAUGAAGUUCAACUACAACUCCUUCAAGAGGUUCAGCAGGUACAUGGACACCGAGGAGAAGUUCCAGAGGUUCCUGAAGCAGGUGAGCUCCCACCUGGUGGACUCUAACAUGUUCAUCCGGUCUGUGGUCCUGAGUCAGGAGCACUUUGUCACCAAACAGACAGAGUACAGUGAGUUUGCAACCACACAGUGCCGACUGUUGAUACAUGUAGGCGAGCCCAAAAACAGGACUAAGUUCUUGUGCAGCCUUAUCAACAUCAUUCAGGUCUCUACUCUUACCCAGGAGAAUGUCAGCUGCCUGAACACAGCGUUAGUUAUCCUGAUGUUUGCCCGGCGGUGUGGCAGCCUCCCGCUCUACCUGCAGUCCCUACGAGAGGAAGAGAUGCGAGGAUACCACCCAGGCUUUCUUCUCAACAACUUCAGGAGCCUGCUAAGAUUCUGGGAGUCUCACUACCUCAGGAAUGACAAAGAGUGCUGUGCACUGGAAAAGGUAGUCAAGAGUUCGGGAAUUUCGUUGGACUACUGGAGAGAAACAACUCUGACGAUGAGGGGUUCGGACCGCACAAACGUGGAGUCUAUCGUACAUUACAUCGACGAGCCUUACGUGGAAGAGCUAUAGUGCAAAACACUGAUGAGUUGCCCAGCAAGAAAUCCUAUGUGAAUUCAUUACUUGGGUAUAGAAAAGGCCAGAGUCCUUCUUUUCACCAUUGAAAACAGUUUCAUCAUGAUUUACUUUUAGUAUAAUAUAUUUUGGAGAGGUGCAUUCCUUUGACUGAUAUUUAUCAAAGUAUAUUCUACCGCUGCAUUAUACUGUAAGUGGUGAAAAUUAUAAGGAAGAUUUGAAGCAGCAUGUGUUUUCAUGGAUGGAUAAAAAGGCCUUUUCCCCCACCUUCAAGCACUUGCAGUACCAAGGCAAACUGUUAGCGGAGCUUCUGAACAACAUGGAUGGGGCCUUGGGUGAAAUGUCAGUCAAUGCAAAUUCAGUUACAGAUUUGAAAACCCAUCCAAAGCUCUGAUUGGUCAGAGAGAAAGGAGACACCCGUUUAGUUCACCCAACUGUGCUGCUACCUGCACAUUUUGCCAUGACAUGUCUUUUGUAUGCAAUUUUUAGUGCAUUUCAUGAAAACAUUUUCUAAUACAUUUUACAUGUACGUUUACCACAUGGAUCUCUCCAGGAUACAGUAUUUCAUAUAUUGCCUCAACUACAUUGUGCAGUCAUGUACUUUAGCAUAACGAAAGGAAAAAACUGAAAGAUUAAAAAGAAAUACUACUUGAUGUAUGUACUAGGGCUAAGGAGGAAAAAUGCUAAACUGUUGUUUUUUUUCUGUAAUUUGUUACAUCACUCUACAUAAAGGCUUUAGUGGCAGGACAAAAAUCAAUGCUUCAAGUGUAAUUCUAGGAUAAAAGCAAACAUGGCUGACAGUUCUGUGCAUCAUAAUAACCCAGUGAAGUUGUUUAAAAGGGGAACUCAACUCCAGAAAAAGGGUUUUGUUUCUUCACUUUUUUCUGAUUCUGAAAAUGGGCAAUGUGGAGUUUGGACUAGGCAGCAAUUGAGUUAAACAAUUUUCUUAUACUGGUACUUCCAUCUGCAUUUAUUAUUCAAAAGUCUCAUGAAAUUGAAAAAUCUUGAAAAUAAUGUUUGUUCAUGUAGUGUUUUUGUGUGAAUGGUUGUUGAUCAGUUUAUAGACUUAGCAAUUUAAUUUUGUCUUGCAAAGUGAGCCAAAAAUUGGCCUGAAUCUUAUUAUUAUCAAUUUUUGCAGUGGAGCCUAUACUGUUCAGUUACAAAAUUUGAUUUUGUAUUCACUAGAAUGUGGUCUUUUAGAAAAUACCACCUGCUUCUGGAGUUUAGUUCCCCUUAAAUCAGAAAGGACACUAUUACCAAUGAACUAGUAACAUAUUGAGAAAUACCCCAUUGCCAUUAUAGUAACUUCAAGCUGCAGUACCAAGGCAAACUGUAAGGGGCGCUUCAGAACAUGGGAGGGUAGGUCACGGUCGGUCAAAUAUCCACAUACCAAAUAUGACAGCCCAGCUUUGUAACAAGUUACUCACGGGCUAGCUUGAGGAAGCAAAGUUUAAUUUCAUUUUUGUGGAAUCGUAAGAAGGAAAUACU